GACAGGAGGACGGGGUGGGAUGGCUUGCUGCUGGUGGCUGGAGCGGGAAGGGGGCGAGGGAGGAGGAGGAUAAGGAGGCUGCAUGGAAGACGAGGCGAGAGGCGAGGCGAGGCGCAGCUGGGCUGAGGGGAUGUGUUGGUGAUUAUCAUGGCUACUCUUAUUAUUAGACAAGCAAGAUGGAAGCGUGCUACGCAGAGGGCGCCGAGGCUUGCUGGUGUUGGAGCUGUUUGUUGGCUGGCUGCCCUGUGGUGGGAACCUGGUGCCCGUCUUCCCGGGCUGCCAUAUUUAUCAAGGUGUCAGCCAAAUCCACGGAUGGGUGGGCACAACCAACUGUACCACCGACGCCCAACCUCACUGGUUGCUUCCGGCCCUCUGCGCCCUUCGCCCUUUCCAGGCGUGCGCUGAUGCAGACGACAGCCUUCGACACACCCCGAGGCCGCACACGGGGCAUGGACUUAGGCUUGUUAGGUUUCUGCUGAGAGCUCUGCUGGCUGCUGGCUGUUGCUGCUGCCGCUGCUUGACGGGCGCGACAGAGGGCACAGAUUCGGUUAGCGCAGCCCACCUACAAAAGCAUCAUCGAUCUCCGCCGACUGGCCCCCCGUUUCGCCGCUGGUUGUGCCCACAUUUGCCCUGUGCGAGCAGCGCCUGCACCGUUCGUCAUCCAUCCACCUGCCUGGCGCCUCGUGUCCCUCGUCAGCCGCGCGCACGCCGAACGGUACAUCCGUCCGAUGCACCUCACCUUGCAUUGCCUGAGGAUCAGAGCCACUACUACAGCUGGCAGCUCCGACUCUAGGCUCCUACUGGGUGGCAUCAUCACCACCAUCACCACUGCCUUUAUUGAUCCCCAUCUCCCCCCCCAUCCUCUCCGUCGCCCGCCAGCAGCAGAGGCGCACCCCCCCCUGCCUGGCUUUCCCUUCCAUCUUCUUUACCUACCGUCUUCUCGUCUUCUCCUCUAACUGCCUCCAACGAGCGGAACCCCCCGCCCCUUUCUUCGUUGGGUCCAACAAGCUGCGGGUCAAUUCGCACGCUCCCGUGCUCAUUUCCAUGGGGAGCAACGCACGCUGUCCUGUCACGACCCUGUGCUUGCUUACAAGGUUGGCCGCUGCGAGCCGCCAGACACACGCCGCCCUGCAACGACCCGCCUGUGUCUCUACUCUGCAUGAUUGUUGCUCGUGCAUAGGUACAUAGCAUACAUACGGUGCGGCAUACAUUUUCGAAACACGACGUACGUCGACGCCCUGCCCUUGGCGCCCGAUUGACCACCGCCGCCCGAGCCUCGCACGGGGAGCAAAGAGCUCUGUUCCGUUCACCCACCGCGCCCUUCGACGACGACCGCUCUCGUCACGUCGUGGCGCUCCCUCCCUCAAGCGACGAGCCGACGCACCGCACGUCACCCUGUCCAGCGAUGGACGAGAAUGUCGGCCCGCAGCGCGAGGGCUCGCACGCCGCGCUGUCGGCGUCGGCCGCAUCGCACCUCAUGACCAGCUUUGCCAUGUACGAGCCCAUCUCGCGAUCGACCUCGCCCGGCAUCCCAUAUACCAAGUCAGACGAGGACGACAAGAAGCGGUAUCGCCCUCGGACGUUUGCAUACUUUUCCCAGCUGCCGUUCGAGGUCGAGGAGGAAGCCCAGCGCGACGCCGCCCUCCACGGCAUACUUAAGCAGCUAUAUACUGCCAUUCGUGCCGAGGACUUUUCCCCCGGCGCCCUACAUUGGACCAGGGAGCUCCAAGCAUGGCUGAACCUCAAGUUCGAGAUGACGAGGGAGCUGCGCGCGAGGCUAGCCAAGCUGUUCUACUCGCUGGCGCUGUCCCCAGGCUUGGAUGCGACGGCUGCGGACCGCUUCCUGCGCAUGGUCUUGAUGCUCACUCGCAAAAACCAUUACCUCAAACCUGGCGAGGACCUCACCCUAGACUGGCGACCGCUGUGGCACGAGGUCAAGGCAUGGGUGUUGCCCUCGGAGGGCCCGGCUCACCAGAGCAACCGAAGGCGCGCUGCCAAACAACUCCUCAAGCUCUGCACGCACGCCCAUAUAUACUUCGACCCCAAGGAGCGACCGGCGAUCCUCCAAGAGCUGUUGCCUUUCUUCGGGACCAACGAGCUGCCCAAUGCCUUCAUCGUCAUUGGCGCCCUGAAUGCCCUGCUUCCUAGCCAUCCCGCCCCUUCGAGCGUACCCGAGGCGCAGCCGCAACACUUCUUUCCGACCCUAUUCCACCUGUGGUCGCUCAUGAACCGGUCCAAGGUCGUCGAUAUGUUCUUCGUGGACCUUUUCUCGCGCAUGACUAGAGAUCACAUCCACUCAAAACACGUCCCUUUCGCGGAGCAUGGCAUCUUCACCAAAGAGCAAUCAGACCUCAUCUUUACCGCUAUGCUGCGACUAACCCAGAUUCCCGUUGGACAGGCCAACUCUCCAUACACGCCUGUCGACUACCUGUCCGGCGCAGGAGUGUAUCUGGAAAAGGAUAAGAAGAAGUAUCCAGUUGCUUACAUGAUGGCGCGGCUCAUUGUCAGCUCCUUGUCUCCCAUAUGCCUGGAGCACGAGACGUCCGCAAUGGCCAGCCUGGAGGCUUUGAUUCAGUCUAUCGAUACCUUCUUCCAUCCAUCCAAUCAGGGUAGUUGGACGACGAUGCUGGGACAGCUUGUCUUGUAUUUGACUGAUGGCUUCGUCUCGCGCUGGAACCGCGAGCAGAGCGGAGAGUUGGACAUCCCCGCCGACCGCAAGAUCACACCCGUCUUGAAGAAGCGCUUCGUCAUGUCCCUGAAGGAGGUGAUGUUUAUGGGGCUGUUUUCCAAGAGCAGCAGGGUGUCGCACUGCUAUUACAAUGCUUUACAGGGCCUCGCGUACCUCGAGCCCGACUUGGUGCUUCCGGGGGCGCUCCAGCGCUUCUACCCGAGUCUGCAAGGGCUAGUCGAGGUUCAUCGAACAUCGUCGAGUCUGAAUAGCUUACAAAUGAUUGCAAACGUCAUGUGCAAGCUCAAGGGCUAUCGGUGCCACAUCACCGCCCUCCUUGCGCUCGCGCUGCCCGGUAUCGAUGCCAACGACUUGAACAAGACGCAGUACACCCUCAACUUCAUCCAGAGCGUGGCGUACAGCAUACCGUUUGUGCCAUUGACGACUGAGGACAGCCAUAUUCACGACACCGGACUGGCCGUUCAGUGGGUGCAAGCAGAGAUGGAUCGCAUGGAGCGCGACGGUCAGAACGUCCAGAUUGAUUACAACAGCGAGCUGAGCGAUGAAGAUGAAGCCAACAUCCUCAGGUCGUCAACCGCUGGGUUCGGAGAGUUUAUCCUGACGCUGCUGGGCAAGAUCUUCACCUUGCUGGAGAACCUGCCCGACGCCAACCAAGUCCGGGGAGGAACACCAGAGGAUAACGUCAUCCAUACCUUACCUGCCGCGCUGUCACCCUUGUUCUCCUCUUUGUCUCCCGAGCUGUUCGACAUGGCAUUGGAGAAGAUUGCGACGUUUGUCUCGAGCCACGUCGUGCAUCAAGCCCGCGAUGCCAUGGCAUGGAUUGUCAACGUGCUGUGCAAGGUGAACCCCGAAAAGACUCUCAAGGUGUUUGUGCCCAUGCUUGUCGUCAACAUUCGCAACGAGAUUGACUACAACAACGCCGCGUCCGAUCGCACCACUGGCACGGACUUCCUGCCGAGGGAUCGGGCUCUUGUUUGGCACAUUAGCAUACUGGCAAUGGCUGUGGUCCACGUCGGCAGGGAGGUUCUCACGUACAAAGACGAGCUGCUGGGCAUUGCCGAGUACAUGCAAGAAAAGUGUCGCGGGCUGCCGACAAUUCUGGUGUCCAACUACAUCCACCAUCUGCUUCUCAACUUGACGCAUACCUAUCCCAUCGACCACGGGCUGUACGAGCUGGACGUCGUCAAAAGAGGUCUUGAUGUCGACGACUGGGGGAAGACGACCUCGCCAGCGGAUCUUACCAUCCGAUGGCACCAGCCGUCACCUCCAGAAAUCAAGUUUGCGGUGGAGCUCUUUGCCUCUCAGGUUACGUCCGCCGCGGAGCAGCUCGAGCUCCUCAUGAGCGACAACCCGCCAGUCAGCCGUGACGGCAAGAACAAGGCCUGGUCAGACGAGGUGUCUCGGCUGAUGCAGCAAAUUCGUCUUGUCACGGCCGGCAUGGCCACCAUGUUCGACCCCAAGCGCGCAUCUGGCGAUGACGUUGGGGACAUCGGCGACACGGAUAGCGUCGAUGCAGAUGGAGACGAGGACAUGAUGGUGGACGACGACGACGCUCUUGGUGAGGGAGCCGAGGAUGAGGAACUUCGACCACAGUUUCGGUACAAAGCUGGCUAUAUUCUCAAGGCAGACGAUCCAUCUUACAACCGGGUUCACGAGUUGCGCGACGAGCUGGGCCAUCUCUUAACGAAGGCACAUGCGUUCCUCAAUGAAAAGCAGGAAGACGAUGUCAACUGCUUUACGGCGCUGUGCUCGGCCUAUCGCACCUGGAUUACGGAUGUGGGCAUCGAACGGUCUGCGCACUUGUUGGAGAGGCACGUAAGACUCUACAAGGCAGAUAUUGCCGCCUUCAAAAUCAAGGGGCUCCGGAAAGUCUACCCGCGUCCGCUGCUCAUCAAGCGUGCCGAAGCAUAUCAUAUACUCCGCAUGAAGCACAAUGCUGCGGCCAGGCACAAGAGCGAGCUGGACAAGCGCCUGCUGCUGGACCUGGCGCACUCCUGCCUUUCCCUGUAUGCAGACGUCCGCAGGGUGGCGCAGAGCGCCCAAGACUCGUCGCUCAAGGCUCUCAUCGGCGGCAAGCCGGUGGUCAUUCCCGUUGUCCUCGAGAGCCUGCGCAACGCGCUCCAGGCGAAUGAGCACGACCGAAUCAAGGGUGGCAUGUACACGCUGCUCUUUACUUCGCUUCAAAGAACGAUACUGAAGGACUGGCGGUUUGCCCCCGAGGCCAUGCGUCUCUACAUCGAGACGGCCGCUAUUGACAAGCCGUCCAUACAAAACCUGGGCUCCUCGGCGCUGUACACGAUGUUCGAAUUCGGUAAGCCGCUCGAGCGCGCGAUACUGGUAAACGAUGCACUGGUCGACACCAUCAAGCCGACGGAGGAGGUGUCGGAUGCCAUCGAGACGAGGCACCAGUUUAUCCUGCAGAGGCGGAAGAAGGUCGAAGAUGCCAAGGCAUCGCUGGGUCUCGAGCUGACUAAGAGGGCGCAGGGUGCGCAUUGGAAGAUUGCUACACGAUGUGCCAUCUUCGCGGCCAAUCUGUGCCUGCGCUUUGAGGAUGUUGCGCCCAGCGAAUUCGUCGACCUCGUGGCGCGGGGCACAAAUGACCCGCAUCCGGGACUGAGAGGGUAUUACCUUAACUCGUUCACCGCACUGUUUACGGUGAUUGACAUGCGCGCCCUAUAUGGCCAUGACUACACCAACUAUCUCAUGGAGAAGGAAAUGGGCGACAGGAACAGGCUCGAGAUUCUCGUCGACAAGGGCGACGCCGCAUUCACGGAAAAGUUCCUGGAUGCGUUCAAGGAUCCUCAAAAGGCCGAGUACAUGGUAGACUUUGAUCACCCCGGCUGGCUCGUCUGGGGCAAGAAGUUUACCGCGUUUCGGGCGCGGCCGGUACCCUUUGACAUUUACGACGAGCUCGAGAACCGGGUUCGAGAGCAGAUCGGCAAGAUCCUGACGAGGGAAUGGGUCUCUCAGUGCUUCGAGUACUUUAAGCAAGAGCCGCGGGAUCAGUCGACUGACAGGUUUCGCAUGAGCUACGUGUACCUGCUCAUGCACGUGUUCGACCUGAUGCACUACGGCAAGACGGCAGUCACACUAGACGAUGUCAAGGAGUUGACCAAGGAAGUGUAUGGCGAUGGCAGCGAUAAGCACCAGCACCGUGCCACCUCGGAGAUAUUGGGUGCGCUGCUGGCCGGUUCCAGCGACGACCCGGUCGAGGUGCGCAACCGCGUGUGGGAGUUUGCGGCGCCCAUGAUGCUCAAGAUUCUCACCCAAGACUUGACGCCUGAGAACCUGCAGUACUGGCUCACCUGCCUGCACGUCGUUCUCGACACCAAAGAUCCGCGGAGGUCGCAUGAGAUUGUGGAGCGACUCGAAUCGUUCCGGCUCGACAUGUCGUCCAACGCUGCAUUCAAAGAGUCGUCCAAGGUGCAGCUGAUCGAGUUCAUCGUCGCAGACGGCGGAUGGCACUUUCGCGGCACGAAGCCUAUCCUCGACCACUUCGUCGAGCACAUCGAUCAUCCGUACAAGGCAGUGCGGGAGGCCAUCGGCCGGGUGCUGGCUGCGAUUGAGAAGUCGCGCUACCACGAGUCCUUUGAGAGCGUGCCGAAGAUGCUGGAGCAAAACAAGGAGGCCUCUAGCGUUGGGAUUCGGCCUUACCAGCCGUCAGAGGAGCUCACAGGCACCAUUACCAGCAUCUUUGAGCGGCUGGAGAAAUGGCGACAGGAGCGGACGCCUGGGCAGCAGGAGCAAUCCUCAUACACUGCAGGUUCCAAGACGGUGCUCAUGUGGCUCGACUGCACACUCUCGUCGCACGAAUGCACGGAGCUGGUGCCCUUUUUCGCGGCGCCCUUCAUGGAGCAGCUGCUGCACAUGAUGGACGUCAAGGAAGACCCGGAGCUCAUGAAGAUGGCAUACCACGUGUACCGCCACCUUGCCAAUAUCCCGUUUCGCGACGGCGAAGACGGCAAGUUCAUCGACGAGCUCAUCAAGAUCGGCCGCACGGCCACGAGCUGGCACCAGAGGCUACGCGCGCUGGUGAACAUGCAGGUCAUCUACUUUCGGCGCAUUUUCCUGACCAAGGCGCCACAGCGGGACGCACUGUUCACGGCGGUUUCGGAUAUGCUGAGCGACCCGCAGCUCGAGGUGCGUUCGUGCGCGUCGCUAACGCUGGCGGGCAUGAUCCGGUGCUCGCCGCACCGGAUUCGUGAUCCCAUCAUCGCGCGACUCAAGGCGCGGUUCGAGCAGGAGCUGCAGCAAAACCCGAUGCCGCGGAAGAACCGCAGCGCGGCGGGUACAGAGACGCCCGUGGACAUGCAGAAGCAGACCAACAGGCGCCACGCAGCGAUUCUGGGCCUGGGUGCCCUCAUCGAGGCGUUCCCCUACGCAACGCCGCCGCCCAAGUGGAUGCCCGAGGUGCUGGCCACGCUCGCGCGCAAAUCGUCUGGCGAUCCGGGCAUGGUCGGCCAGGCGACCAAGACCAUACUGAGCGAAUUCAAGAAGACGAGACAGGACAGCUGGACAGUGGACCAAAAGUACUUUACGCAGGAACAGCUCGAGGACCUAGAUGGCGUGCUGUGGAAGAGCUACUUUGCCUGAGCCGGGAUCGGGCGUGUAGGCACGAAAGUAUCGUAGUACAUAGGAACGCUGGCGGCAUCAGGCGCGUGCGACACGGGACGUGGGCGGCGAGAGGUGAGGAGGCGUGCGUACAUUUACGCAUUGUACUUCGUGCGUGCGUGUGGGAUGCGCCAAGCGGCGACGCUUGAAGGGCCGAGAGAUAUCGCGCAGACCUGGGCGGCCGACCUGCGCGUGGUGGCCCAGCCUCGGCCAGGGGCCGCCUCGGCAAGCGUGCAAACAUACAGGGCGGGAGGCGGCGUGAUGUACGUUUUACAUGUCAGACAUACGAGCGUAGUGACAGACAGGCCUAAAUGUGGCUCACAGCCGAAGCGCAGAUAGAAGACGGAGACGAGGCAACCUGAGGCGAGUCGAAUAAAGAAAGAUGUGACCAGUGGGAAUGAGUGCUCAG